AUGAAGUGCAUCGCAGCUGUAGUCAUGGUGGCUUUCGUCGCUGUCGCCCAGGCCGGCCUGAUCUAUAAUGCACCGUGGGUCUACACUCUGCCGCACACUACGGUCGUUCAGAGCAACUCGAUUCCGAAACUGGUGACCACAGCACCCUUCAGUGCAUGGCCAUUUGCCGCUCCGGCACAUGCUCCCGCGGGAUGGCCAUUCGCUGCUCCAUACUACACCUACACCGCACCGUACGCAACCUACCAACCGGCACCGGCUCUGCUGCUGCGGAAAGAAGCCCGCUAUCUGGCGGCCAACCGGGGUGCCAUCCACGAGGCUCCCCUUCCGGGUCAUGAGAUCUCCCAGCAGCAACUCAAUCUGGAACCAGCUGCAGGAACCAUUUGA